AUGGCUGUUCUGGAUGCUCGUCGCUCCGAUUGGCUUAAUGUUGCUGCUCUCAUUCUACUCGUCAGCCACCUCAUUUCUGGUUUCUUCCAACAAGCAGUUCGACGUCAUUGUCGUGAAAUUCCAUUUAAGAAGAGCCAUUUGUCAACAUUUUAUGCUGGUGAGUAGUG